GCCACGCACCUCUUGACGUAGCCACAGACCGGUUGCGGUGCCACUCGGUCUCCGUAGCACGUAUUGCGCAACGUGACUGAUGCUCAACUGGCUCCACGGCGGGCACAUCCGGCUCCCACCGUCGCGUGAAUUCAUUAGAAAGUGGUCUCAUAACAGCGGAGACAACAGCCGAGGCAUCGCCGAGGUGCUGUGGAGGAACCAUCCGCCGCUCCUCGCCUGGACUGGACCCUCCCCUUGUCAUUGCCACCGGGAGAGAUGAGUCGAGCGCGCGGCGUCGGGGUGCAGUCGUGAUGUGACUGUGUGAGCGCACGAGCCUCCACCGUAGUAUCGGCAGCUUGAAGACCGCCCAGAAGGUGCAAGCAGUGAGAAUCGGUGUUUUCGGUGUGAAGCAGAGGUGAUGGCUUCGUCUGACAGCGUGCAGGCAACGCAGCAGCGGCGGAGCGAGCCGUGACCACAGCUGGAUUUCAGGAGCUAUGUCCGUGGGUACCGAGCCUCCGUCCGCCUGCAGUCGACAGCAUCAGUGUGCCCUCUCGGUGUGGCGCCUCGGGGGUCCUCGCUAAAGUCCAGGGACACGCGGUUCCAGCAGAGCGCACCUACCUGGAGCCGAGGAGAGGUUGCUGCUUGUUGUAAGGCCGGGCUUUCUGCAGCCCACUCCCCGCCUGCCUCCCCGCAUCUUCCGCGGCGUCUCCGUGCCGCGAGCGCACCGCGUCCACACUACAUGGCAGCGGACAUCACCACAAUCACUACCUGAGUCUUUGCCUCCCCGCGGUGCGGGCCAUACAUACCUUUACAGCUAAGACUAACAUUAAUCGACGCGUGGAAUCGGAGCAGCGCUGUGUCUAUGCGCCUCACUCACACCGCCCCGGAAAGGACUUCUUGCCAUUGAGAGCUGGAUAUGCAGAGAUUAACGUGAGAGGAUGGAUCUAAUUAUCUGUGUUUUGGGGCUGCUGGCGCUGGUCGUGGAGGGCAUCCGUUGCCAAGGAGUGUACGCACCUCCGACUGUCCGCAUUAUACACUCAGGGCAUGCCUGUAAUGUUGAGGAGGAGAGGCACACAGAGAGAGUCUACACCAUCAGAGAGGGAGAGACCCUGGAGCUCACCUGUCUGGUGACGGGACAUCCUCGACCACAGAUCCGAUGGACCAAGACAGCCGGCAGUGUGUCGGACCGCUUCCAGGACUCCAGUGUGUUCAACGAGACGUUGCACAUUGCAGAGAUCCUGAGGACCCAGGGAGGUCGCUACUACUGCAAGGCUGAGAACGGCCUUGGAUCUCCUGCCAUCAAGUCCAUCAGGGUGGACGUCUACUACCUUGAUGACCCGGUAGUGACGGUGCACCAGAGCAUAGGAGAAGCUAAGGAGCAGUUCUACUAUGAGAGGACCGUGUUUCUGCGCUGCGUGGCCAAUUCCAACCCGCCUGUCCGCUACAGCUGGCAUCGUGGGAGAGAGGUCCUGACGCAGGGCUCGGACAAGGGGGUGGAGAUCUACGAGCCCUUUUUCACUCAGCAGGGGGAAACGAAGAUUUUGAAGCUGAAGAACCUGCGUCCUCAAGACUACGCCAACUACAGCUGCAUCGCCUCUGUGAGAAAUGUGUGUGGGAUCCCUGACCGCAGUGUUAUCUUCAGACUCACCAAUAAGACAGCUUCCCCGUCCAUCAAGCUGCUGGUGGAGGAUCCUAUCGUAGUGAAUCCUGGCCAGACGGUAUCCUUGGUGUGCAUCACCACAGGUGGAGAGCCGCCCCCGAUUCUCACCUGGGUCAGCAGCAAUGACAGCCUGCCACAAAGGAGCGUGGUGAAGGGCGGCACGCUCACACUCCCAGCCAUCACCUCAGACGAGGCGGGAGUCUACAGCUGCGUGGCCAGCAACAACGUGGGGAACCCGGCAAAGAAGUCCACUACCAUUGUGGUGCGAGCUUUGAAAAAGGGGCGGUUCUGGAUCACUCCUGACCCUUACCACAAUGACGACAACAUCCAGAUCGGACGUGAGGUCAAGAUAUCAUGUCAGGUGGAGGCCACCCCUCCAGAGGAGCUGACUUUCAGCUGGCUGAAGAAUGGCCGUGCCCUGCGGAGCUCCGAGCGUAUGGUCAUCACCCAGACGGACCCCGACAUCUCCCCCGGGACCACCAACCUGGACAUCAUAGACCUCAAGUUCACUGACUUCGGCACAUACACCUGUGUGGCGGCGCUGAAGGGAGGCGGCAUCCCAGAGAUCAGCAUUGACGUCAACAUCUCUUCCACAACUGUCCCUCCUCUGUUUUUCUCUUUCUUAGUUCCUCCCAACCUGACAGUCCCUCGGGGCAAGUCCCCCCUGGUGGCCCGCGAGGGUGACACAGUGGAGCUGGAGUGCCUUGUUUCAGGGAAGCCCAAGCCCAUCAUCCUGUGGUCGAGAGCCGAUAAGGAGGCGCCCAUGCCGGACGGCAGUAUGCAGAUGGAGAGCUAUGACGGCGUGCUGCGUAUUGUUAAUGUGUCCAGGGAGAUGACGGGCUCAUAUCGCUGCCAGACCAGCCAGUUUAAUGGGUUCAACGUGAAGCCCCGGGAGGCCGUGGUGGAGCUGAUCGUACAAUACCCUCCAACGGUGGAGCCGGUUUACAUGGAGAUGCGUCAGGGUCUGGGGAGGCCUGUGGUGAUGACCUGCAGAGUGCUGCGAGCCCACCCUUCCCGUGUGUUGCGAUUCGAGUGGCUCCUAUCAAACCGACUGCUUCACGCCGGAGCCUUUGAUGCCCAAAGAGACGAGACGGAGUACACCAUCCGCAACCUGAAUCGAGACGGCUGGGGGGAAUACACCUGUAAUGUCAUCAACGAGGCUGGAGCGGGCAAAUGCACCUUCCAGGUUACAGGUAAGGCCUACCCACCAGAGUUCUACUAUGAUACCUACAGCCCUCUGUGGCAGAACAGGCCCAGAGUCUACGGCUUCAAGCUCCAGUGGACCCAGAUGAACCCCAACGCAGUGGACCGCAUUGUCGCCUACAGACUGGGCAUCAGACAGAUGGGGCUGCAGCGCUGGUGGGAGCAGGAGAUCCCUGUGGACGGACCAAUCAACAAAGGAGAGCUCAUGACACACAACCUGACUGAGCUCAUAAAGCCUGAAUCCUACGAGGUGCGCCUCACCCCCAUCACACGUUUCGGAGAGGGUGACUCCACUAUCCGGAUUGUCACGUACAGCGCUCCCAUCAACCCUCACCUGAGAGAGUUCCACUGCAGCUUCGAGGAGGAGCCCAUCUGCCUGUUUACCCAGGACAAGAAUGAUGAUUUUGAUUGGACACGGCACAGCGCUGCUACCCGCGACACCAAAUACACACCCAACACCGGGCCCAGUGGUGACCGCAGUGGUUCCAAGCAGGGUUUCUACAUGUACAUUGAGACGUCAAGACCACGGAAGGAAGGGGACCAAGCACGGCUUGUAAGUCCGUUUUUCAACGUAGCACCUAAAAACCCGUACGGCAUCACCAACCCUCCCGCCUACUGCUUCGGCUUCUUCUACCACAUGUAUGGAAAACACAUAGGAACACUAAACGCCCUCCUAAAACAGAAGGGCCAGACGACCUCCGAGGGUCCCGUGUGGUCGCUAAACGGUAACCAAGGUGACCGCUGGAAGCAGGCAAAAGUAAGCAUCCAUCCUACGGCAUCCUUCCAGGUGGUACUCGAGGGUAUCCGGGGACCGGGCAUCGAGGGAGACAUCGCCAUCGAUGAUGUCACGCUGGAGGAAGGGGAAUGUCGAGACCCACCGCCCAAUCUCAGCUCCAAGGAUCCACUCACCUCCUCCCAUAUAUGGCUGCUAUGCAUCACCUUGGUGAUGACCCUCCUGGAAGGUCAGAGGUGACCCUUCUCUCCGUCAUCUCAGAGGCGAAUAUUCAGACCCACCGUCUGUGAACUAUACCCUCGGCAUCCAAUCACCAAAGAUUCAUGCAUCCUGAAAGCAGCAGGGGUCCCCUGACAGACCACUGACGGACCGGAAUUAACGAAAGACAGAAAAAAUCGUGAUUAAAAAAGUUACACAAAAAGUAAUAAAGAAGAUGCGCUAAUUUUUUAAAAAGAGACCUCUUUUACAGAAAACUCUCCUCGGUGCGGGACUCUGGACGUCUUUACGAGCACAAAGACAGGUGGGCGACGAACAAGCCUGGACUUUGGUGAAAGAGUUCACAAGCAUCGAGGGAGGACAGUUUGUAAAGCACAAGAACAAUUUUAUGAAGUUAUGAAAAUAUCUUUGGAAGGCGGCGGAACAUAGACACUGCUGACUUUUUGAAGAGGAAAUAACAUUUUCCCUGCUUACAAACACAUGGAAUCAGACCUUUCUCUGUGUAUCUUUAUCUUCAUUUUCUCGCACCAGAUGCCAAUCACCAACACUUUGUUUUUCACUCUAGCCCGGCCUCACGUCACACCUUGGCAUUUCUUUAUCUGCUUGGUGCUGUAGAAAAACAAGGACUCUGGCAACAUUUAGUUCUGUCUGCUUACUCCCCUGUAGCUGCCUAUGUAUCUAUUAACACUGUGCUCACGAGUCCAAGUGGCCAACCGACGGUAUGGUGGCAGAACAAUGAAAGCAGAAGAGGCAGCGGAGGUGUAGAGAGCUCGGACUGGAGGGCAGAGAGGAGGAGCUGGAGAGAGAGGGAGAACAGAGAGGAGGGAUGAGGAGGAACAGGCAGAGAGUAGAGAAAGGUCCGAUUAGUGAGGCCUGACUCGAAUAUCCAGUCGGCGGUCCGCCUGUGGAACAGAAGCCACUUUACUUUCUGCCAUGAAACAAAGUGCCUUCAGAUUACAAACCGAAUCGUGAGCCUGGGUGUUAAUCAACAUCGAACACAUCUCUGUUCAUGUUUCCUCUGAUGGGCUAUUUUCUACAUGUUUCUUUUGCCCCACAAGUGCUGAUGGGAGGGCAUGCGUGUUCAGAGGGGGUAUGCGGUUGCGGUCCACCCGGAUUUAACUCCUGAUGGGACAGUUGCGUGUGUGCGAGUGUGUGUAUGUGUGUGCGUUUGUGUGUGUGCAUGCGCCUAAUGCCUAUGCCUGAGCGUAGUUCGGUGUGAGGGCAGCCGACCAGGCGGUGCUGGCAGACCAGGUUUGGAAACAAUUUGGAUAAAAACGGCGGCAACGGUGAAAGUGAGGCUCUGGAUCGUGGUUUUUUUUUUUGUUUGUUUGUUUUUUCGCAGAAAGACGAGAUGACGCAGAAGGAUAAAGACACUUCGUCGAAUGAAUAUCCCACUCUCUCUUCCCAUAAUUCUCCCUCCCUGCGGGCGAGCAUUUUUUAAACAAAAGAACAACUGCUGAAUAAAACAUUGUACAGGGAGGAGAGUAGGAACUUUGGGACUGCAGGCUCGUCAUGAGGGUGAUACGCCUCGCCCCUAUCCUCCACCAUUUCUAUGGAACAAUAUGAGAAUAAAAGAUAAUAAUGACCAUAAUAAUAGUCAUGAUAUUUUAUUACUCUAGCGAGAAUGUUUCUCUGCUUUUACACAAACUGUGAAGAUUGACUGUGGAAGAUCUACCUGAGACCAUAACCUUAACCAGCGGGGUUUUUAAAAAAUGUAUUGUAAAAAAGAGAAAACAAGAAAAUGAAAAAUUCCGUUCAUUGUUGGUUAUGACAAAUGUUUUGAGGACUUGUGUCUUGUUUCUUAUUUUUUCCGUUGAAGAUGACUUAACUUCCUUUCUCUUCUUGUUGUCUCCCUUUGCAUUGCUUAAGUAUCAAAGCUGAUGGAAGCAUAAGAAGUAAACCAAUUUGGUAACUGUAUAACUUGUAAAUGUUAAAGAAGCUCUAUUCAAAGGUUUAUGAUAAAUGUUUUAUGUUGGAGUACAGGAAGCACAACAUACAGUUUAAGGUCUCGACAUAUAAAAAUCCAUUUUAUAUUUCUCUGCACAUACGUGACCUACUCCCACAGGCUUUCCAACACAAGUCCACGUUUGACAGCAGACUGAUCAUUUUUUACUCGUUACAUUCAUAUUUAUAGCGCAACCAGAACACUGAAGGACACAAAGGGAACCCAGAGUAUAAGUGAAGUCUUCAUGGGUGCAGACUGGGUGCAGGUUCAGCUUGGUGUUGUGGUUGUUCAGCAUAUGUAGCCUCUUCUGUGGAAGCCUGGGUCGGUCCGAGUGGGUCAUGUACAUGUGUGUGCAUAAAGCUGUGUACAAUAGGUGUGAUAAGAAACUGAUACAUGUAAAGAAGAUAAAUACGCUGAGCAAAACAGAGCAGAAUGAUGAGCAUUUCAGGGCAUCCUUAUAAUAUCAUUAUGGUCUGUGUGAUGUUAUUGCAGAGACAUAAUCACAGCUAUUAUCUGCUUUCCAUUUCUGUUUGUUUCCUUUCAUUCCUGUGUUUUUAUUUUACGUACGGCCCAGAUCACAAUGAAUGUAAAUGGAGUUCUGGGGGGAGUUCUUUUUUUACGGUCUUACUAGAUGUAAUGUUUUACUAAAACAUAUGUUUUUGUGUGCUUUUGAUGAUGAGAACUUUCAGACUUUCAUAGGUUGUUUUGGACACGUCAAGAACAUGAAGUUCAUCUGACUUUGACACAAUUUCCAAAAAAUAAAAAAUAACAAGCUCAGAUUAAAUAUCCAUUAGCUAGUAACUAUAUCCUGCUGCAGUAUAGUGAGAAAUGAAAAGUGCCAAAGUGCCCCUUGCAGUCGUCACUGUCACUGAGUAUGGACAUGAGUUCCUUAAGAUAUUUGGGUAACUGUUCCUUUUACGACCACCCCGAGCGCCUGGUCAGUUCCGAUGUGAUAAUAGCUCCACCUUUAAUGAAUGAUUCAUAAUUACAGCUGGAUUUAAAUGAAAGAACACCUUGGAUAUCACUCGGGUAUUUAGGUCAAAAUUGUAGUUUAGGGAAACAAGCGUAUUCAUUUUCUGAGAUCCAGUUAGCUUAGCUUAGCACAAAGACUGAAAACAGGGGGAAACUGUUAGCCUGCCUCUGUCCGAAGAUAACAAAAACCUGCCUAUUAUUUAACACCUGUCUUUUCGCUUGUUUAGUUCGUACAAAACCUGAAGUAUAAAAAUGGCAAAUUUUGGACAAGAGACUUCAGGAGGCCCCUGCUGUCGGCUGAGACAUGUGCUGCGUCUUAAAUCAGAUACUUCCAUUAAUAGGGGAGAUCGGGGAUGGUUGUAACAUUUUGGACAUUUCUGUCUGUAUCUUGCAGCUCUUCUAAGCCAGUGAGUUCAAAUGUGAUGCAACCUAGUUACAUGUGCCUGCUAUUAAAUGGUGUAGCUGUUACCUCUGUAACACAAACAGACAAUGCAUCCCUCAUUCUAAAACACAGGAGUUAAAUGUUACAGUUAGUUGUAAUUUCAUUCAACAUUUACAUGACUUUUAACAUAGCCUGUCCCUGUUUGGAGGAAUUGAAAGUGUUUUCAACCAUUCCUGCCCCC